ACUAAAGUAAAAGCACUUUUGGACAAAGAUAAACUGACACAGCAAAUUCUCUAAACAGUAAAGUUUGUAAUUCUAGAUUUCCUAGCUUUGCAAUAAUACUAACAUAUCAUAUCAUGAUUUUGUGUGUACAUGUACAUGUAUUAAUCUGCUGAAGGCAACUUCUGGCUGCAAAAAAAUUAAUACACACUGUAAUCCAAAAUUAAAAUGUAAUACAUUAUACAUUCCUUGAUCAAAUCUAGAUUUUUAUCCAAAUAAAGUAAUUCUAAUUGUAGGUACUUUGCAUCUCGCUCUUACCAAUUACUAAACUUAGAUAAGUAAUUAGCAGUGGUAUACUGUUUAUCAAGUAUGUACUAGUAGGUCUUUUUCAAUGCUACCUCCUUAAAGCUUGCAUAAGUAAGUCUAAACUAUAAUGUAUGCAAGAAUGUACGUUGUACCUGAAAAUGAUUUUUGUUUGCCACAAAAAUGAUGUACUAUGAUAACAGUAACUAUUCAUCAACUCAGUAAAGAUUUGUAUGGUACUUAUUCAGUUUGUACGAUUCUCAUUAAUUUUCUGAAAUCCUUUUGAAGGAGUGAAGCAUAUAAUAUUCGUUCUAGUCAAGCAGCUCCAAAACAAUUUCAUUCAUAUCAUAUCACAGGCUUCUUGUGUAUUGAAGUCAGCCUGAUUAAUUUGAAUCCAUGGAUAAUUGAAUAACAGCUCAGUUGGUGGCCAGCAAGAACAUCAUGUUAAUAUAAAGCCAAAAGAAUGUUAAAAUUUAAAUUGAAUUGAACUCGAAAUCGACAGCUUCAUGUAGGAAGGAACGAUAUCCCAUACAAAAAUAGUAGUUCACACAGUCAUAUGAUCAAAAGUUCAAAUAUGAGAUAUAUUGAAGGACAAUCUUCAACUGCAACUGCCAGUAUGACAAUGCAAGGAAUUAGACACACCCAAAUAUACAUACACAAAUUAUCUACCGCUGUCACAAUUUGCAUGUAAUAUUCAUAGAGGCGGUGGAUUCAUUCCUUCACAGAGACUUUCUUUGUUCAGUCAAAAAUUAGGGUAAGUCCAAUUCUUUGUGUUGAAAAUUACAGUCAAAGAGCCUUCUUCAUAAUUCCACAUAUACUAACCCUUUGAACUUUGAAGCCAAGAAUAAGACGGUUAAGUUGAUCCUACCGACUUGGGCGGUCAACUUAUUUUUCCUGCCCUGAGGCAUUCUCCCAGGCAUUCCGGAAUCGGUUUCUAAUGUCGGCAACAAACCUACCUUUAUCAAGGUAAAAAGUAUCAUCAAGCUAAACGACAAAAUAGCCUGAAGGCGAAAUAAAAGACCCGUGAAAAAUGUGAUAGCGAUCCCUUAAGCCAGAACUCGAGCAGAAACAUUCCACGACUUACAAUCAAAUUCAGUGAGUAGGAAAUCAAGUAAUGAGCUUUUGAAUGAGAUUUCCAAGGACACAGAUCCUAGCGUCUUUGCGAGAGCUUAUUGAGUUAACAGUCACAGUAUAACUCCUGUCUGGUUGAUACGUAUAAGGUUCUUAUAUAAAAGGGCAAAUCCUUUGUUUUUGGUCAUUCCUGAAGAAAGUUGAAACGAUGAUCAUGAUUGUGCGCUCCGUGUUUUUACUGAACUUUGCCAUUUUUACUUCCUCUCUGUUGUUUGGAAGUGCAGAGGGACAGGAAAAUGCAUGUUCAGGAGUGAGUGGCUAUGUGGUCCAGUCAGCUCUGUCUGGUAACAUCAAGAGCCCGGGUUUUCCUGACAGGUACCCAUCUCCAUCUACCUGCACGUGGAAGAUCACAGUGCCUGCCGGGAAGAAGAUCCGUCUCGUCUUCAGCACGUUUGAGGUUGAGGACCACUUGUCUUGUAGCUAUGACUACCUCCAGGUCCGUGAUGGCGGUCACAGCUCAUCCCGGUCGAUCGGCAAAUUUUGUGGGAAAAAAAACCCUGGGCCACUGAUCACUUCUGGAAACAAGGCCUAUUUACAUUUCAGGUAUGGGAUGAUUUUAGGGUAUAUUGAUAACAGAAGGUCGAAGGUUUGAUUCCCCAAUCGAGUCAUACCAAAGACUGUAACAAUUAUACAUUCUGCUUAACACU